AUGACUAGCUGGAGACAACCGGUCCAAGGCCUUCGGCCAAACAACCAGCCGCCCAAGAUGCGCGCCUUGUCGGGGAUGGCGUCCAAGACCAGCCCGGCGGCCGCCGCCCCCCGCGUGCAGGCCGCUCGCAGCCGCGCCCUGCCGCAGAGCAGCGAGGCUGCGGAAAAGGAGGAGAAAGCGGUCCCAGCCACCGCUUCCAGCCAGAAGACCACCGACGUGAGUAGUCAUGAGGAAAUGGAGGUCCCCCGGAUCACUCCCGGCCCCCUGCGACAUCUGAGUAAGGCCGACCUGUACAGUCGCCUCCGGCAGUACCUGCUCACCGAGGACCAGCGCAAGGUGAAUGGGUACCCCUUCGCCCAUCCCGAGCGCCAAGGGGACGCCAUCCUCUUCACGUCCGACAAGCCCAAGAAAAAGUCUCCCACCUGCAAGGUCUGCUGCCGUUGCGGCCACGAGUACCUGGUGUCUUCCUCCUCUGGCUUAGUUGUCCGGGAGGAAGAGUGUUGCUAUCACUGGGGACGGCUCCUCUCCGGCCCCGUGAAUGGUGAAUGGACCAUACGUUACAGUUGCUGCUCGGCGAUCAUGGGAGCCACCGGUUGCCGGGUUGCAAAGCAACACGUUCAGGAUGGCAGGAAAGAAAAUCUCGAAGGGUUUGUGAAGACCGCCUCCAAAGAAUCUGCCAAUGGUGCCCACCCGGGAAUCUUCGCCCUCGAUUGUGAGAUGUCUUAUACCACGCUGGGCUUGGAACUGACCCGUGUCACCGUGGUGGAUGAAGAGAUGCACGUAGUGUAUGACACUUUUGUCAAGCCUUACAAUGAGAUCGUAGAUUACAAUACCAAGUUUUCCGGGGUGACUGAGCAAGACCUGGAAUGCACCAACACCACGCUUCAAGACGUCCAGGCUUUCCUGCUGAAUCUGUUCAGUGCUGAUACCAUCCUCAUCGGACACAGCCUGGAGAGCGACCUGCUGGCCUUGAAGGUCAUCCACAGCACCGUGGUGGAUACGGCCCUGCUCUUCCCACAUCCCCUGGGCUUUCCUUACAAGCGCUCCUUGAGAAAUCUCAUGUCUCAUCACCUCAGCCAAGUCAUCCAGGCCAAUUCGAAUGGGCACAACUCCAAAGAGGAUGCCAGCGCUUGCUUGCAGCUGGUGCUCUGGAAGGUUCAAGAAGAUGCUGGCGUCAGCCAUGAUUCGUGA